AUGGCGGACCAUGUCAAGCCGACGGCGUCCGACUCUGCAGUUGCGCAGCGGCCAGGAGCGCAAGCGUCGGACCCUCCACCCAAAUCGGCGUCGUUCUGGAUGUCAAUGCUCUCCAUCAUGAUUGCAACGUUCCUCGCGGCACUGGACACGGGUGCGGUUGCCACUGCUCUUCCGACCAUAGUGAACCACUUCCAUGGUGACCAAUUUGUUUGGGUUGGAUCUGCGUACACCCUCGCGGGCACAGCGUUCCUCCCGCUAUCCGGUCACCUUGCGAAUAUCUUUGGUCGUCGACCCAUGCUGCUUCUUAGUCUUGUGAUUUUUGCCCUCGGUAGCGCAUUGUGUGGCGCGGCACAGAGCAUGGCCAUGCUCAUUGGUGGCCGCACUGUGCAAGGCAUUGGGUCCGGUGGUAUCUUGGCACUGACAGAGAUCAUUCUGUCUGAUCUGGUACCACUGAGCGAACGCGGUGCGUACCAGGGAAUGAUCGGACUCAUUUGGUCCAUUGCGUCUAUCAUGGGGCCCAUUGUGGGUGGCGCGUUCGCACAACGACGCGAUUUCUCAUGGCGUGGCCUGUUCUACUUGAACCUGCCACUGACGGGCAUCUCCAUGUUCCUCUGCAUAUUCUUCCUGAAGCUGAAGACGCCACGUUCGACAUUCCGGCAGAAGAUGCGGAGAAUCGACCUGAUAGGAAACAUUAUCAUCAUGGGAAGCAGUACAGCAGCUCUACUUGGCCUUACCUGGGGCGGUGUUCAAUACCCUUGGUCUUCAGCCCGAGUCCUCGUUCCUCUUAUUCUGGGUUUUGUGGGAAUCAUCUGUUUCAUGAUUUAUGAAGCUCUGGUGCCGAUGGAGCCAACCGUCCCGUGGCGAGUGCUCAACAACCGCACCACAGUCAGCGGUUACCUGGGAACAGCACUUCAGGGCCUCGUAAUUUCGGCGGCGUUGUUCUACUUGCCCGUCUACUUCCAAGGAUGUAAAGACGCGUCUCCCUUACGCAGCGGCGUUGACAUGCUACCGUACAGUUUCUCGAUCGCACCGUUUGCAAUUGUGGCAGGCGCAACAGCCACCGCCACGAACAAAUACAGGCCGCAGAAUGUCAUCGCGUGGUGCUUCGUUGUCGUCGGUAUGGGGCUUCAAAGUACGCUGCACGAGAACAGUGCCGUCCGGAACUGGGCUGGCUUCCAGAUUAUUGCAGGCAUCGGGUUUGGUCUACUGUUCACGGCGACUACUUUCCCCAUCCUUGCCCCGCUGUCCGUGACCGACAACGCGAGCGCGCUCUCUUUCUUCAUUUUCGUCCGGUCGUUCUUCCAGGCAUGGGGCAUCACGAUCGGCUCGACGGUGCUGCAGAACCAGCUACGCAUUCGUCUUCCACAGUCCUUCCUGAACGAUAUUCAGGGCGUCGAAAUUGCGUAUGCGGUGAUCCCACAGAUCCCGACGCUCCCCGAGCCGCUGAAAGACGAGGUCCGCGCCGCGUUUGCACAGUCGCUGGACGUCCUCUGGGAAGUGAUGGUAGCGGUAGCGGGGCUCGGGUUCUUGAGCUCCCUGCUGAUGAAGGAGCUCCCGCUGCAGAGUGUCGUGGACGACUCCUGGGGGCUCGAGAAAAAUGGUGCCGAGAUGACCGAGGAGCACGGCCUUCCCGAGGUCAACGCGGCAUAGUCCGCGAGUGGGAAUGGCAGCGAUGAUGUGUCUUUCUUGGCAGGUCGGUCCUCGGCUGUGGUUCUGGAGGAUGGUAGUGUUGUUCUGUCGGUGGGGCUUCCGAUUUGAGAAUGACAGUCCACAAUUCGGAUAGCAUGAUCAGAACAAGACGCCACAAUGCGUGUGCCGCUGGAAGGGCGAUGACGCGACACUUUAUUUCCACUUUC